UUAACCUUAAGAACAACUGGAUCAUCAUUUCAACUUGGUUCAGAGUCCUGGUUAAGGUUGGCCAUGUGUUUUGGAUGGUUAGGCUUAGGUGGAGAGGCUGGGGAAAGGGUUGUGCCAAUGAGAAGUCCGAACAAGGAUAGAAAUACGAUCAUGUGUGUGAGAGAUGAUGACGGACACAGCAACCCAAAGGUGCACACGAGUCCGCGUGUGAUCCAGCAACCAUGAAACAGAGGCAGGGACUCUGUUAUUUGUCUGAACUACACGGGACCCUCUUCAGCUGUUACCAACAGCGACACUUCCUGGACAACUGGUGUAUGACACUUGAUCGCCUCCUAAUAUAAUGUGCGGCGGGAGUGCAGUCAGUUGAAUCUCAGUGACGAACGGUGCUCUCUCAAUGGCUGCUGAAGCAGGUGGCGACUGAGGAAGUGGGACUCUGAGAAGAGGCCGUGGAGCGGGAACCAACGUGCGGAACUAUGUUCUCCUCGCUGUAGCAGUCGAAACCUAAACGUGUGACACCGGCGGAAGUAAAUGGACAAAGACGCUCCAGCGAAGCCGAGAUCAGAUUCUUGAUCAGCAACUUUCUAUUCCGAUGAUGGAGGAACAACUGCCAGGGAAGGACGAAGAACUUAGGGAAGUUCCGAGCCCGACCCGGAAGGCUGUGGUCCAGUCAGACCAAAGAGAUGAGCUGCUGAAUGAAGAGGACGAUGAGCUGAGCCAUGAGCUGCAGGAUUCAAGCCCGAGCCUGGACCAGCAGGAACCAGAAACUAUACACAUUAAAGUGGAGGAAGAGGAGGCUGAGCUUCCAUUCAAUAUUGUCGUUGUGAAGAUCGGCGACGCUGGUGACAAUAACAAUGGAGAAGAAGAAGCUCAUGUUCAAAGAGAGCCGUUAUCUCCAGCCUGCGACUCCAGUCAAAAGGUCAGAGGAGAGAGUGGGCGAUCAGAAGCAGCCAGCAGCUUGGAUCCAGAUCCUGUUGAAAAACCUGAGGUCAGUGAGAAGAGUGCUGGUCCUGCAGACACUUCACUGACCUGCUCUGUAUGCAGGAAGAUUUUUGCCACCAAGAAAGGUCUGACUCGGCACGAAGGCAUGUGCACAGUGAAGAAGUCUCUGUUGUGUUCAGAGUGUGGUAAAUGUUUCACAGUGAGGGACAGCUUGAGGUCUCACAUGCGUAUCCACACGGGAGAAAAACCCUACGGCUGCACAGAGUGUGGUAAAUAUUUUAGUCUGAAACGGAACCUGAAGACUCACUUGAGGAUCCACACGGCAGAGAAACCGUUUUCCUGCUCUGAGUGUGGGAAGAGCUUCAACCGCCGGGAGAAUCUGAAAGCUCACAUGAUCAUACACACGGGAGAUAAGCCCUUCUGCUGCUUCGCCUGUGGGAAGUGGUUCACCUCGUCUGGCCAUCUGAAGAGGCAUAUUCGCAUUCACACGGGAGAGAAACCCUUCUGCUGUCCACAGUGCGGGAAGAGUUUCACAACGAGGGACCACCUGAAGAUCCACACGCGGCAGCACACAGGCGAGAAGGUUCUCUGCUUAGAGUGUGGGAAAUGCUUCACUUGUAUUGGCAACCUGAACCGGCACAAGAGAAUCCACACGUCAGAGAGCGUCUCGGCGGCUCAGUAGUCAGAUGCUUUUGGGCCAAACCUGUACUCCAGACUGGUCGCUGAGACUUUUGUGGCAAUGAAAAGUGACUCCCUAAAAUUCCAAUCCCGUUUUGAAAUGCAUUAGAGAGAUUACAGGCCAUAGGUCCGAACAGACACCAGGGAGAUUUGAGAAGUUGUUCUCCCGGCCACACCUGGGUCGAUGGUUCCCUUCCGUGUCAGAGGAUUUUUAUUAAAAAGAUGGGACUCAGUUCAAGUCUCAUGUUCCCGCAGUCAUGGCUGUGUUCGUGUGGAGGAGUCAGAGUUUCUGUCCUUCUGUUGUGCCUUCAAGGUGAGUGAAGCUGAGCAAGGCUCCAGUGGUCUCCAUCCUCACCCACCUCAUCUUCGGAAAGGAGGACCAGUCAGUAUGGGAGGAACGAGAGCUCAGUCGUCCAUCAGAGACUCUGGGCGUAUAUGCUUGUGGGCGUACGGAUGUCUGACACAUCAGACUUCCUCAGAGCUGACCUUGAUCCAGACUUGAGUGGAGCCUGUACCCACUCUCAUCGUCUUCUGGGACAGAAUAUGAAUGUUUUUCAUGCAUUUCUAAGUUCCCUUUUCAAGGUGACUAAUAAAUGUGCCAUCUAUACCUUAGAGAGCAUCAAGUGAGACUCGACCCAAUUAGAACCGGCCCCACCUAGUCAGAGUGUGAUGAGCCGAGUUGCGUCUGGACAGUUUCUCCUCCAGAGAUGCCAGUGAUACAUAGUGUGAGUGUAUAGAACAGACUAGAGCAAUGUGUGGCCCGGGACCCUUUAUCUGGAUUUAUAGAGAAAAACAAUCUUCUGACGGGUGAUUCUGAUCUGACCACUCAUGUUUGUCCCUCAGAUAUAACUGACUGAAAGAUAUAUAUAUAUUUUACUACCUUGAAAGAAGGUGCCUUUAAUUCAUGUGGUUUUGCCCAUAGAUAUUCUCCUAGAUCCUCUAAUACAUAUGAUUUACAUGGAGAAUCUCAAGAAGAUCUAUGUCAAAUAGAGAAUUUAUUUAAUCCUUUAUAUAAUAUCACACUGCCCUAUUUCAGAAUUCCAAAUUCAAGUUUCACUCUGAUUCUUUUUGGUCUUGUGGUCCAUCGGACGGCUCUCCGUCGACACUGUGGCCCCUGAAGGAAGAACCCUGAGUGUGGGAUCAGAGCUGAUGGAGUCCAAUGUGCUAAGAUGUCGGUGUCCGUCCUUUCAUGAGUCACAUUUUUGUGUGUAGAGCACAACGCCCCAUAUCAGGCCAGUGAGGUGCUGAACUGAUUUUGAAUUCAUUUAUGCCUGCCAAAAAACAUAACAUGUUUUGUUUUGUUUUGUUUUUUUCAAACAAGACUUGAAGCUAGAUCUCAGGUGCAAACCUGACGGGUCUGUUCACUGAUGUACACUGAGCAUGAUAGUAUUUGAUAUUAUUUACAGUACAUGUCAAACAUGUCUUGAAGAAAGUGAUUAAAGGAAAUAUUGACAUCCCAUAAUUAGCUCUCUUAUCAUCUGCUGUGUUAAGUCUGUGUUUUCUUACCGAAAUAUACUUUACUGUAAUAUACAUGAGAACGUGAUUUUAUUCUUUUUGGAACUGUGGACUCAGAGCCAGUAAUGGCUGAAACUGGGCUGCGUGUUUUCACACUGCUUUGGCACCCAGCAUGUCAAGAAAAGACCGCAGUGACUGUC